AUGGAAGCAUCAAAGGUGAUAAACACUCCCAUUGCUACGACCACUCGACUAGACAUGGUUGAAGCUAGGUCUCCUAUGAAUCAAACUAUGUAUAGAGGCAUUACUGGGUCUCUUCUCUAUCUUACUGCCAGUAGACCUAAUAUUGUCUUCAGUGUGGGGUUAUGUGCAAGGUUUCAAUCAAAUCCCAAGGAAUCUCAUUUGAAGGCAGCCAAAAAAAUUCUGAGAUAUCUUACAGGAACACAGGACCUGGUCUUUUAUUAUCCCACAUGUGACAGUUUUAACCUCAUUGGAUAUGCUAAUGCAGACUAUACAGGUUAUCUUGUAGACAAGAAGAGCACUUUUGGAAUGGCUCAUUUCCUAGGCUUAUGUCUCAUCUCUUGGGGUACAAGGAAGCAAAACUCAGUGGCUCUUUCAACAACUGAGGCAUAA